CUCUUUCUUUAGAGGCCUUUUUUCCUCUCUCAUUUUUAUUUUUUUUUCUCUCUCUCUCACUUUCUCGAGGCCCCCAUACUCAGAACCCUAGUAGAGGAAAAAAGAGAGAAAAAAGGGGGGUAAUUUUCUCAGAAACCAAACAUCUCGAUUAAUUUUCCCUCGAAAAUCGCCGAGAAAAAAAUGCAGCACCAGAGGCUGAAGCAACAGCAACAAGCCUUGAUGCAACAAGCUCUCCUCCAACAACAGUCUCUCUACCACCCAGGCAUCUUAGCUCCCCCUCAGAUAGAGCCAAUCCCAAGUGGAAAUCUGCCUCCUGGUUUUGAUCCAAGUACUUGCCGCAGUGUGUAUGUGGGAAACAUCCAUACACAAGUGACCGAACCACUACUCAAUGAGGUUUUUGCAAGUACUGGUCCUGUUGAAGGUUGCAAGCUUAUCAGAAAGGAAAAGCAGUCAUCAUAUGGAUUCAUCCACUACUUCGAUCGCAGAUCAGCUGCUCUUGCUAUAUUGUCUCUUAAUGGAAGGCAUUUAUUUGGACAGCCUAUCAAGGUCAAUUGGGCAUAUGCUAGUGGUCAAAGAGAGGAUACAUCGGGUCACUUUAACAUUUUUGUUGGGGAUCUCAGUCCUGAGGUUACUGAUGCAAUGCUGUUUGCAUGCUUUUCUGUCUAUCCUAGUUGUUCGGAUGCGAGGGUUAUGUGGGAUCAGAAAACUGGGCGUUCUAGAGGAUUUGGGUUUGUUUCAUUCCGCAACCAGCAGGAUGCACAAAGUGCAAUAAAUGAUUUAAGUGGAAAGUGGCUUGGCAGCCGGCAGAUUCGUUGUAACUGGGCAACAAAGGGUGCUGGUACCAAUGAUGACAAGCAGAGCUCUGAUGCCAAAAGUGUGGUGGAACUAACCAAUGGCUCAUCAGAGGACGGUAAAGAGACAACCAAUAGUGAGGCUCCUGAGAAUAAUCCUCAAUAUACUACUGUUUAUGUGGGCAAUCUUGCUCCAGAGGUCAACCAACUUGAGCUCCACCGCCACUUCCAUGCUCUUGGUGCUGGGGUGAUUGAGGAGGUACGAAUCCAGCGUGAUAAAGGCUUUGGUUUUGUGAGAUACAGUACUCAUACUGAGGCAGCUGUGGCUAUUCAGAUGGGGAACGCUCAGUCGUUUCUCUGUGGCAAGCAAAUUAAGUGCUCUUGGGGCAGUAAGCCUACACCACCAGGGACAAGUUCAACUCCACUUCCCCCACCGGCAGCUGCACCUUUACCCGGCCUUUCAGCCACAGACCUUUUGGCUUAUGAGCGACAACUUGCCAUGAGCAAAAUGGGUGUUCAUGCCCUAAUGCAUCCUCAGGGACAGCAUCCUCUUAAGCAGGCAGCGAUGGGAGUGGGUGCUGCUGGAGCAAGCCAGGCUAUAUAUGAUGGUGGGUUCCAGAAUGUUGCUGCUGCCCAGCAGCUAAUGUACUAUCAGUAAUAAAGAUAGAGUUUGUGUGGUAAUAUCCUUAUUCCCUGCAUUUGCAGGUUUUAUUUGAGUUCUAAACAAAACAUUUAGGAGGCUUUUUUAAUGUAUUUUCCCUUUUUAGCAGUGAGGUUGCACCUGCUUUUAUCUAUAGCAUAUGUUUGCCGAAUGUAUCAAUAUUUUACAUAUUUCGGAUUUUAUUUGAGUUCUAAACGGCUAGGAAGCUUUUUAAUGUAUUUUCUCCUAUAUAUUUCAUACGGUUGCUGCCCCCAAGGGAUAUAUAAGCAUAUUUGCAGCUUUCUCUUUGAUA